AUGGUCUAUCGCAAGUACAAAGCGUUGAAACAAUGGGGCAAGGUGAACACUUUGUUGUUCAAGCAGAUGCUAACGGCUAGGAACAAACGAUCAGCGCCUUUAUUUGAAGUUCCUGAGGCAUUGGUUGAGAAAGGCAUAGAAGUGCAUGAUCCAAACGAUCGAAACUUUCUCAAGCCCAAGGAAGACUUUCAGGUCAACCAUCCAGCUUUUCGAGAGCCUACAAUCAAGGUAUUGUUUUAAUUUUAUUCUUUAUGAGUUUAGAUACAAUAAAUCAACUCAUAAGUUGUAUUUUACUUUGAUAGAAAAGGUUAAUAAACUGUAAUAAACUGUAAUAUCGGAAAGCUUGACGAUUGAAGUUAAAAGUGCAUUCUGAGACGAGGUUGUCAAGAUUCUUAAAAAGGUUUCUAUUUAUUAUCCUUAAAGCUUAUUUCUUGUUCAGGAUCAUCCACUAUACAAAAAUCAACGAGCGUUUUUGUUCGAAGGAAACAACCCCUUCUCUGAUGGUGUAGAUCAGGCUUGUGCUUUGAUUGGAGCGACAAAGCCAAAGUCGUUUACGGAGGAGUUGUUGAAGGAUAAAAUGACGUUUCCGGAAGAUUUGGAAGAGCGUGUGAAGGAUGGUAUUAUGUGUGGAGAAAGAUACGAUCCAACCUUGGUGCGCUUGGAGAAAUGGCACGAUCCGAUCAUCUUCUGGACUAUUGGCCAAAGAUUUUAUGGUACUCCCGUGGAGAAGAGAAGGUAUAAUUUUUUACCAAUAGUUUUUUAUGGUUUAGGAUGGUUUUUUGGGUUUGAAAAGGUCUUUUUGACAAAGAGUAUUUGAAAAGUUGGAAAAAAUUUCGUUUCUGUUUAAAUGGCAGGUAUAAGUGCCUAAAAAAUAUUUAUUUUUAAUGGUUAAUUUUUUAGUCAAAUAAUCUUGGAGCAGUUUUACCGCCAAAUCUUGUUACUAUCGCCAAAGGGACAUUUCUCUGAAGACAAUGUGUAAGUUUAUUAUGUUAUUUUAGGUUUUUGUUUUUUUGUUUAGUGUUCUGUUUAAAAAAGGUUGAACUUACUUUUUUUGUAGUUAUAUUUAUGUUUUUAAAGCAUUACUGAUGGUUUUUCAAGAUUUUUUUUGCAGCGCCGACUACAACCAGUCGAUAAGUGCCUACCUACCAGCUGAUCUCUUUGGAGCUGCCAUGCCAGCUGUUUUUCGAUUAAUUGCACCAACACUGAUCCAAAGGUCAGUACCAGUACCAUUAGUAGCAACAAUAGAUCAAGUUGAAGCUUCAAAGACGGAAAUUGUACCUGAUAUAUAUCCAAUCUCACCACUGAUUGAUUUAACAAAGGGCAAGAUAUAUAAUGAUACCACUGUGGUGCCGAGGGGCAUUCUGGAUCUUCAUCUUGAUACUGUGUUCUUGACUCAACCUUUGAGACAGAAAUAUCCUUGGACUACGUAGGUUUUGAGCGGUUUUUUUAGGAUAAUAUUGAUAUUUUAGGGAUUUCUGAAGGUUAUUGGGAUAAAAUUGACUUUUAGGUAAUAAUUUGUGCAUUUUUCAUGUAAAAUACAACUUUUUUAAUACUUUAGGUAAUACAUUUUGAUUUUAGAUAUAAAAAAGGCACGAAAAUGAUAUAUUAGGUAACAAAAUAUUUUUAGAAAUUAAAAAUUUUUUAAAUAAUAUUGUUGUAGUGAACAAAACGCAGCAAAUGCCAUAACUUCGGCAUUUAUGUUGGCAUUGGCCCAAGCUCACCGGCAUGGACAAACCGACAAAUUGGCCAAGCCAAUUGUGGCCAAAGCGGUUCAACUGGAUCGUGGAAAUGUUGAUUUGGCAGUGGUUCAGUUGAACAACUUGGAUUUGAAUGACACUGAAGGCGUGAAGAACAUGGUUUGGCUGGAGAAAGGUGGGUAAUAUUGGGAUAUCUUGUAGUUUUAUGUUACUAUAGGGUAUACGCUCGGAUAAUAUUAGUUUAUAAGACUUAAAAUGACAUUAUGUGGACUGGCUUUUGAAAAAAUUCUGAAUAUUUUAGCUCUACCCUUGUACAAGCCAGUAAAACACAUUGAAAAUCUGGAGAAAUUGGACAAUGUUAACGUGGAAACAUUCAAAAAGAUGGCCAACUUGCUGUUAUACUGA